UUUUCUUUCUCUUUCCCUACCUCUUGUCUCUUCACUGUUCACUCCACACAAGCCUUGUUGGCUUGUUAUCUCACCCCCACCCUCUCUGCCGCCGUGCACGGCGGCCUUACCAUCUGAGGCAACAAAAGGGUACCAAUCAUGUCAAGUUUAUAUGGUCAAAACUUGACUUAUUCACCAGCUAGAGCCCCAUCUUCUCCACACAUAUGGGCCAACCCAGAUGUAGAAAGUUCUUAUCUGGCAGAGCUACUUGAAGAAAAACUGAAGCUUGCACCUUUCAUGAGAAUUCUUCCAUUUUGCACUAAGUUGUUGAAUCAAGAGAUAUUCAGGGCUUCAACAGGGAUACCGAAUCAAGGUUUUAAUGACUUUGAUAGAAUGCAACGUGGUAGCCCGAGUCCUUUGCAUCCUUUAGACGUUAUUUCUGAUAUCGAUGCAAAUGGUUUAAUCCGUUGGAAUGGAAAUGCGGGCUGGAGUCCUCUUCAACACGAGAGAUUAGGUAUGCCACAAGGAUUGCCAAUGGAUCAAUGGAAUGCAGCACCAGCUAGCCCGAGCUCAUUCAUUACAAAGAGGAUCUUGCGUUUGGAUAUACCCGUAAACAACUUUCCUAAUUUCAACUUUGUUGGGAGGCUUCUAGGUCCUAGAGGCAAUUCGUUGAAGCGUGUGGAAGCCUCAACAGGCUGUCGUGUCUUCAUUAGAGGCCAGGGCUCCAUUAAAGACCCUGAAAAGGAGGAGAGUUUGAGGGGUAGACCGGGCUAUGAGCACCUUAAUGAGCCACUUCACAUUUUGAUAGAGGCGGAGUUGCCUGCAACCAUUGUUGACGUUCGUUUGAGACAAGCGCAAGAAAUCAUCGAAGAGCUGCUCAUACCAGUGGACGAGUCUCAGGAUUUGUACAAAAGGCAACAAUUGCGAGAGCUUGCUAUGCUGAACUCCAACUUGAAAGAAGACAGCCCACAGCCCAGAGGCAGCGUGUCACCUUUCGGGUCGAGUGGCAUGAAACGGGCCAAGACUGCUUGGUGACUGGCCAUGUACGCUCUUCUAUUCAUAAUGCGCAACCCGUCAAUGGAUGCCCAUUGUUCGUGGGCCCGAAUGGGUGGAUUUAUACAAUCUUGUUGAGACCAGUGUCGUUUUGGUGAGACGAAACAAGGAAAGAGAAAGAUCUUAUUAUAAUUUUGUUUUGUUUUUUUUUUUUUUUUUUUGUUUUGUUUAUGUAGCAGAUUUUGAACUGUAUUGGUCUAUUUCAUUUAGGAAGUAGAAACAGUUAUUGGAUUAAUUUAUUACUGACAUUAAGUGAGUUUUUGUGUUACUAUA